UCGAUGAAAACAAAGUCUUCUUCGCCACAUUAUGUUCUCUCCCAAUAUCGUAACCCUAGCGUACCUUUCCGAUCCGUUUCGACCAGUAUAUCACCACUAACUGCUGUAAUGAAUCCUAGAUUGAACUCUAUCACUCAUUCAAUGGAUCCUUUCGCCUUCUUCUGUGUUUUUUCACUAUAUAUAAACUCCUUCCCUAUCUCAUCUCUCCAUCCAAGUUGAGAAUACUGUCAAAAUUCAUCCCGAUGGAAUCCUCCGGCAAAUCAUCCGUCUCCGGCGACUGCAAAAACAGCAAGAAUACCGUCACCUCCUCUGCGACUGCUGGUUCGUCCACCAAUCCGAUGAAUCCAAACACUGUUACCGCUCUCUCCUCCGCGCAUGCGAACCAACUGAUGUUCUUCAGAGACGUCUCACUCGGACCAGUCGAAGCCGAAUUGAUGUUUCGUCUGAUUCACUUCUGGGAGGCUCGAAAUCCAUACACGAAAACCUUGAUUGGACAAGAAAUGCUCUUGAUCGACGAAGAGAUUAUUUUUGUUACAAAUGAUGCUUAUUUAGUAUGGGAACUUUGAAGAAGUGAGAACACAAGCAGUAUGGGAACUCACAUCAAUUUCAACAGCAUAGGAGGUGGUGGUGGUGGAGGGGAAAGAAGCAACCAGAUGAAACCAACAGAUAAUGCUUAUCCCUUGGCGAGACAGUACUCACUAACCUUUGAUGAGCUUCAGAGCACACUAGGUGGACCAGGUAAAGAUUUUGGGUCGAUGAACAUGGAUGAACUCCUGAAGAGCAUACGGACUACUGACGAAGCUCAGGCCAUGACCAUGAAUUCUUCUUUUUCAGCUGCUGCUGCUGCUGCUGCUGCUUCUACAGCGGUAGCUCAACCGGGUGGUGGUGGUAUCGCUCUCCAGAGGCAAGGCUCUCUGACGUUGCCUAGAACGAUUAGUCAGAAGACUGUUGAUGAGGUCUGGAUAUGUUUGUUCAAUGGUACAAUUCAGCAGCAGACACAACAGCAGUUUCAACAACAGCCACAACAGCAGUUGCAGCCAAGACAGCAGCCACAUCCACAGCAGCAUCAGCACCAGCGGUUGCCUCAAACUAUUUUUCCUAAACAAACAAACCUAGCAUUUGCUAGCAACAAUAAUAAUAGUAAUAAUGGAUUGGGAAGUUUUGGAGGAGGCGGGGUGACUGUUGCAGCAGCAACGUCUCCAAGGACAAGUAGCAAAAGCCUUUGUUACAAAUGUUACAAAUAAUAAUAAUAAUUUGAUUCUGAGCUUUUCAAACA